GUCCGUAGCGGAGAGGGAACCAGCAGCACCGACAGAGCGGUCGGGUUGGGGCAUCCGCGAGUGGGUCGGGCAACUCCCAAGGAGAAAGAAGCAGGCUUACGGGCGGGUCCCGGGAACCGAGGGACAGGCCUUUCCCGCGGGUCUGUGAAGAAGGUCGGCGGCCCCAACGGGAGCCAGUUAGAUUUUAUUUAUUUGAGAGCAUGAGUGAGAGAGCACAAGCAGGGAGAGCAGCCCAGGGAGAAGGAGAAGCAGGCUUCCCCUGAGCAGGCAGCCUGAUGUGGGGCUUAAUCCCAGGAAUCUGACUAAGCCACCCAGGUACCCCAACUCCAGAUUAACUUCUAUGACUUCUUUUUAAGGAAAAGUGGAAAUCACUCCUGACUAUACUGCAUAGCAAAAUUUAGUGAUUUCCUAUACUGCAAAUCAUGGCACUACCAUUCCGGAAGGACUUAGAAAAGUACAAGGAUCUAGAUGAAGAUGAGCUCCUUGGGAAUCUAUCAGAAACAGAACUGAAACAACUGGAGACUGUUCUGGAUGACCUUGACCCUGAGAAUGCCCUCCUGCCUGCAGGGUUCCGGCAGAAGAACCAGACGUCAAAGUCCGCCACAGGGCCAUUUGAUAGAGAACACCUCCUUUCAUACCUGGAAAAGGAAGCAUUGGAGCAUAAGGACAGGGAAGACUAUGUGCCCUACACUGGAGAAAAAAAAGGGAAAAUAUUUAUCCCGAAACAGAAACCUAUGCAGACUUUCACAGAAGAAAAAAUAUCUCUUGAUCCGGAAUUAGAAGAAGCUUUGACAAGUGCUUCUGAUACAGAAUUGUGUGACCUUGCAGCUAUUCUUGGGAUGCACAACUUGAUAACGAAUGCCCAGUUAUGUAAUAUAGUGGGAAGCAGUAAUGGUGUUGACCAAGAACAUUUUUCAAAUGUGGUAAAAGGUGAAAAGAUUCUUCCAGUAUUUGAUGAGCCACCAAAUCCAACCAAUGUUGAAGAGAGUUUAAAGAGAAUUAAAGAAAAUGAUGUUCAUCUUGUUGAAGUUAAUUUGAAUAAUAUAAAGAAUAUCCCAGUUCCAACUCUAAAAGAUUUUGCAAAAGCUUUGGAAACCAACACACACGUGAAGCAUUUCAGUCUUGCAGCCACGCGGAGCAAUGACCCUGUCGCUGUUGCUUUUGCUGAUAUGCUGAGAGUGAACAAAAAUUUGAAGAGCUUAAAUAUAGAGUCCAACUUUAUUACAGGAGUUGGGAUUCUAGCCCUGAUUGAUGCUCUAAGAGAUAAUGAAACCCUGGCAGAGCUCAAGAUUGACAAUCAGAGGCAGCAGUUGGGAACAGCUGUAGAAUUGGAAAUGGCCAAGAUGCUUGAGGAAAAUACAAAUAUCCUUAAAUUUGGAUAUCAGUUUACACAGCAGGGACCCCGGACCAGGGCAGCUAAUGCUAUAACAAAAAACAAUGACUUGGUUCGCAAAAGACGAGUCGAAGGAGACCACCCCUAAGUCCACCAAGAUCCAAUCUUUGGGAGACUUGAAGAGGUCACUAGGAGCUUAUGGUGGUGUCAGAUGUAAGAUUUUCCUGGGUAGAAGGGAAGAGACUGGAAAUCUUUUUUUUUUUUUUUAAACUACAUGUAUCUUUUUUCUAGUUUAUGUUGUUAACAGUUUCAAAUUAUAAAAUCAAUAGUAGGUGGUAUUUUGUAUUUUAUAACAUUUCUUCUUUCUGCUAAAAUCAAUUUUAAUUUAGCUUAAUUAAAUGGAUUGUGAGGAGUCAUGAGUUAAAAAAUACAAUUGUGAAAGAAGUUUAGGAAAUCAUUUAUAUAGAAUACUAUGAACGGUUUAAGGACCAAUCUUUUUUAAAUCAUAAAGGGACCUAAUAGAAGAAUUGCCUUUGCACCUGUUAGGUACAAGACCCUCAUCAGAGCUUUCUUUCCUUAUCCCAUCGCAUGGAGCCCUUUCCCUGUUUUAGAAUACAUGAACUUGACAAGAGUGUGCUUUCUGUUUCUAUCAAGAAAGCAAAAUGCCGGAAUUUUAAACCGAGGACUCAAAACCUGGUCCUCUGUUCAGGAGUACAAGCCCAUCUCUGGGAGAGACAAAGGGGCCUCCUGCCUCUUGCAGGUCACCACGCUCGCCUGAUGGGUGUAAGCCAGCAACAUCUAGACUUAUUUAAACACAGUCACCAGCUUGGCCGGGUUACGUACUUUGUUUAAAAGUAGAGUGUGUCUAAAUUCAUUAUAGUUUUUUAUUUUAAUUGGGCAUAAUUAAAUUUUUGUGUAAUUUAAAAUGUUGUGAAAGCUCAUAGUUAUCUAAAUAGGCAAGCUGUUUUCUGCUCUGUAAAAGACAUAGAAUCAGCUCUUGGUUAUUUAAGAAAAAAGAAGGCUGUUUAAUUAAACACAUGAAAUCAAAGAUGAUAAAGGUAAUGGAAUUUGCGUCUGAGGCGCAUGCAAAAAGGUCACUGAAACCGAUGAUUACUCUAAGUAAGGGAGCAUCUGGCCUGAGCAGGCAUCAGCUGUCACACUGCAUUGUGAGAAAUUGUGCAUGCUCCGCAGGAUUGCAGAGAUGGUCAUGACUCACCUCGUGACGCUUGCUAUGAACCAGUAAGGGAAACUGUCCUUCAUCAAGCUAAUGUUUAUUACUUUUCAUCGUAUACUGUUUUGUCCACAUUGUGUAAAAGGAAUCUCAUGAGAAGAGUUUCUUCCUACUGCCCAUGGUCACAGCGUUCAAAUGAUCACGUGAACAGUGUACUAGUGUACUCGUGUAGGCUGCCUCCUGCCCAGGCGGAGAGACAGGGGAUUUGGACCUGGAUUCCGGCUCUGUUUCAGGGCUGCCCCUGGAGCAGAAGAUGGCAGAGCCAUCCCAGCUACAAGAGACAAGGCAGGAAGAAAUCGGGAGUAUCCUGACCACCAGAAUUCAGGCCUGGCUGGAUCAUUUACAGGGAAUAAAGGGAAGAAUCCCAUUUAAGAGUGGGGGAUAGGUAGGUUGAUUCUUUAAAGAACGGUUUUUGAAAUUGAGUUACAAAAUGUCACCCCUUUGACUUGGGCUGGACGGUUUACUUUAAUGAGCCAGGCAGCAUCUUGUGUACUCGCUGAUAAGCCUUCUCGACGGGUGAAUGCUUCCCUCGUAAGAAUUGGUUGUCUUUAUUUUUUUCUGAGUCAGUAUCCAGUGUUUCAGAGGGGCCAAAGAUUGACUUUGCACUAUUCCCUUUAAGUUAGAAACCAUUGAUACUCUUUUUUGAAGUUAGCAAGUAUUUCUGUCUCUUCAUAUACAGCUUUGGAGAUGUACUUGAUUCUAGAGACUGCUCACCUGCCACAGGGUGGGGAGCGAGCACGCAGCAAGGGUCCCCACUACGCUAACAGCAAGGCCUCCUUGCUUGCACUGUCCUUAAGUUGGUGAAUUGAGAAGUAUGUUACCCCUUCUACCACAUGUUGUUUAAAUAUAGGUUGGUGGGGCCCUACCCAGUAUGUAUAUUGUACUUAUGGGUAAUAUCUUUUUCAUUUAUGACUUACCGAAGUAUGAAGCAGUGUUUUGCUUGUACCAUAACAGUUCGUUAUAAGGUUAAAGAAAACAUUUUUUCAUAAUUAUCUUUAAAGAUGACCAUUCAUCCAAUUGAAUACAGAAAAUCAAGAAUUAUAAGGGAGAAAACUGAUGUUUACUUUGAUCUUUAAGAUUCUGGCACCUCUUAACCAUUUAGUAACUUACAGUAUUUCUACAUAGCUUUAAAAUGUUGUAAUAUGGGGCACCUGGGUGGCUCAGUGGGUUAAAGCCUCUGCCUUUGGCUCAGGUUAUGAUCCCAGGGUCCUGGGAUCGAGCCCCACAUCGGGCUCUCUACUCAGCAGCGAGCCUGCUUCCCCCUCUCUUUGCCUACUUGUAAUUUCUCUGUCAAAUAAAUAAAUAAAAUCUUUUUUAAAAAAAAUAAAUAAAUAAAUGUUGCAAUAGAUUAGGGUUCUGAAUAGUCUUAAUUUUUAAAUCAAAGAUUUUGUAAGGCCUUAAAACAUUCUGUAGGCUAACCAAUUUAAACAUAUCUGGUUAUCAAAUCAAAGAAUACUCUUUGCACUUUUAAAUUGCUUUUUAAAAAUCUUUUAAUUUCCCAUUUUGUACAAUUUUACAUUCAUAUUUUUCUGAAGUUGAUUUUGCAAGUAUGUCUAAUGAAAUUGUAUGUAUUGAAAAAAGCAAUAUUAAUACUGAUAUUAAAAUGCAUUUUGGUGCUAUAAACUUGUAGCUUAAAUCUAGUAGAAGUCUUAAGUAUACAUAAAAUACAUUUCAUAAGGGUGCCUGUCAUUUAGAAGACCAGAUAAACAUUCUGUUUUAAAAAAAAAAUAGCGGAUUAUUAGAGAGUUCAAGGAGAAUUAUCUCAUUAAAUUGCCAAUUCCUGUUAAUUUGAAUGGAGUACCCCACACACUCAUUUUGUGCAGUAGGUGCACUCUGGAAAAGUUAAUGUAAAUAGAACUUUGUAAAUUGUUUUUUCUUUGACAGUAUCUGAUGUAUUUUCACUGAAAAAGGGGAUUCCAUGGUAUAAUAAAAAUUAGAAAAAUGCUUUGAUAAAAUGUUAGUCAUGUUCUGUUUUACAUUUUAUUUAAUCCUUGCUGCCAUUAAAGUAAGAUGAGAUUGA